AUGUUUGCAAAUCACAAAGCGUUCCAACGCGUUGAUAUGAGAUUUCUCUCAUAUAUCCUGUCAGCGAUAGUUCUAACCUUCUAUGUUCUGGUCCUUGUUGGAUGCUUGUCGACUUCGCCGUCUGUCCCCAACUUAUUUCUUCUUCAACUCCAAACCAAUCAAACACAACCCUUGCAAGUGCGGAUAGGCUACUAUGGAAUAUGCGCCUCUCAGCCCUCCGGGAUUGAAUUGAAAUGCGUGCCUAGCUAUUCAUUUGGAGAGACUCAGUUGAAGGACGAGUUUCUCAGCAACAGCAGCACGACUCCAGAUGGCACCUAUGCCAACGAUAUGGGACAUCUUCUCGAAGCCGCGUACAUCUUCCAGACAAAGAUCUUCUCUCCCCUCAUCGCGGCUUCUGCUGCGCUGUUCUUCCUCAGCGUCAUCGCGAUGCUUUUCAUUAAGCGAUCUAUGAAACAAAUCAUGCCCAAUCCUAAUGAAAAUCCGGCUUUUAUGAGGUCCAUGUUAUCCAUUACAAUGUUAUACGCAUUCGGCUUUGCUCUGGCGGCAGCGUAUUCUACUACUCAGGCUGCCAACGCUUUGAAUUACACAACGACGGUUCUGUCCGGCCCAACUCCACUGCUUGAGAUCCUCCCAGGUGGCCCCAUUCAAGGACUUCAAUGGACAAUAGUCGGCUUGUUGGUUUUGAUCCGAUGGUCUGUGGGUGGCAUGUUUCCUAGACCUGCGCCGCCACCAGCACCAGAACCAUUGCAGGUUUAUCCAGCACCAACAGUCCCUUACGUGUAUACACCGGCACCGGCUCCCGCACCUGCGCCACCACCGGUACAGCCGGCGAUGCCGCCGCCGCCACCGCCAGCACCAAUUCAAGUGAUAAUGCCACCACCACCACCUGUACCUGCGCCUACACCUGUACCUGUACCUCUGCCUGCACCCGCUCCGGCUCCGGUGCCCGCUCCAACACCAGUUCCCAUGAUCAUGCAACACCCACCUAGUCAACCGCCACCACAACAAUGACAGCCAAUGUGACGAGAGGGCUGACUGGCACCAGG